GGGCAAUACACGACUACGUCAAACGUUAGCGGACUUGAUAUUUCUAAAUAUUGAGAUUGAUUUUCUGAGUCCUAACUUUGUUUCUGCAAGUUUUUUUUUCAAAUUUCAUUUUGCCAUAUUUGGAUUUACUGCAGUAAGAGACAAUGCCAAGUGUGAAGUACCAUAAAGGCGACAUGGUAAUGGGACGCUGGCCUGGCAGCAACCUGUAUUAUGAAGUGAAGGUGCUUGGCUUUGAAGUCAAAAGCCAACUGUACACAGUCAUCUACAAGGAUGGAACUGAGCUUGAGCUCAAGGAGCAGGACAUGAAGAAUUCUCAUGAUUUCCACCCACGGUCCCGCUCUCGUUCCCGAUCACCUGGCCGCCGUCGCAGCCGCUCUCGUUCCCCGGCGAGGACCACGCGUCGUUCUUCUUCACGUACGGCGGCGGCGGUCGCUGCUGCAGCGAUAACGGAGAGCGAGUCAUUGUCAUCACGCAAGGAUUCAAAGCUGAAGGAAAUGGUUGAAGUGAGACUCACUCCUAUGCACCCAUCCAAAAUGGCUGUUGAGAACAAUAGCAACAAUAAGCAUGAAAAGAAAGAAAAUAAUACUUCAAACAAAGUCAAUGAGUCCAAGGCAAAGACGGAGCCAGAGCCUGAGAGGAAUCAGAGUCGUUACAAUUUGCGCCGCAGAAAGGCCGAAGCUGACAGCAAACCUCAACAGCCGGACGAUACAAAAGUGUUUUCGGCUCCUGCAGUAACAGUCUCAACUCCACUUGACUUUGGGGGAAAGCUUGGGGCGUAUUUCUGGCUGCUCUUCUUGCCAUCCUGGGUUCUUUUUGUGAUUCUUCAAGUCAAUUUGCAGGACCCAAGUUUAGUCAACUUUCCACCUCCUGUACCCACCCUUGAGGAUUUAUGGGAUUCUCGGGCGUUUGGCUUCGUCAUUCUAUGGAUCUUAUUCCAGGUCCUCCUCUACAUCCUGCCUGUCGGAAAGCUGAGUGAGGGCAUGCCACUGAGGUCUGGUGAAAGGCUGAAAUACAGAACUAAUGGUUUCUUUGCCAUUGUAAUGAGUGCUACAGUGGUUGUGGCAGCUGUCCAUCUGGGAAUUGACCUCACCUACAUCCACAGCCACUUUUUGCAACUUGCUGUGGCCACUUUCCUCAUCUCCGUCCUGCUCAGCAUCUACCUAUACAUCCGCUCCCGCUAUGCUCCCCCAGACCAGCAGGCACUUGGGGGAAGCUCUGGCAAUGUGAUUUAUGACUUCUUCAAGGGACAUGAACUCAAUCCCCGCAUUAAAAAUUUCGAUCUGAAAUUUUUCUGUGAAAUGCGUCCAGGACUAAUCGGCUGGUGCUUGAUCAACUUUGCAUUCGCGUUGGCGGAGAAGAAGCAGCAGGAAUUGGACUAUCCCUCUCAUGCUAUGAUCCUCGUAAAUGUCUUCCAGCUCCUCUAUGUAGUGGAUGGCCUAUGGAAUGAGGAGGCCAUCUUGACCACCAUGGAUUUGAUGCAUGAUGGCUUUGGCUUCAUGUUGGCUUUUGGAGAUCUGGUAUGGGUGCCUUUUACCUAUACCCUGCAGGCCUAUUAUCUGGUCAGCCACCCAAAUGCACUGAGCCUUCCGGCCGUCGCUGCCAUCGUCUUGCUCAAACUUGUUGGCUACUACAUCUUCAGGAAAUCCAACUCUGAGAAAAACGCCUUCAGAAGAAACCCAUCAGACCCCAAACUGGCAUACCUUAAGACAAUUCCCACAGCAACAGGAAAGAGUCUGCUGGUGUCUGGUUGGUGGGGAGUUGUUCGACACCCCAACUACUUAGGAGACCUCAUCAUGGCUCUGGCCUGGUCACUACCUUGUGGCUUCAGCCACCUCCUGCCGUGGUAUUACAUGAUUUACUUCAUCAUCCUUCUGGUCCACCGAGACUCUCGAGACAUGAGCGAUUGCAGGAGGAAGUAUGGCUCAGCGUGGGACGAAUACUGCCGAACUGUCCGCUACCGGAUCAUCCCACGUGUCUACUGAGGGGACUGCUGCUGAAGACUUGUGAGCCAAAGCCCCUUUUUGACCCAGUAUUAAUGCCGCCAAUCUCACACAGCAAUAACGCCAUUUUGUCAUAAUUUGGUUCACCAUUUUAGAGCGAAUUUGAUUGUGAAUUUUUAGUGAAUCAGUACAUUUCAAGAAAUUUUUACAGAGAUUUGUUUGAAUCAUGAACUAUUUUCAAUGAAAUCAGGAAAAAAAUAUAUUUUACAACACAAUUAAUACCUGUGCAAGGAGAGUGCGUGGAUGUAUAUUUUUGUAUAUAUGCUUUUUUUAUACUUCAGGUAAAACAAAACCACUCAUGUUGUUCUUUUUUUUUGCGACAUUUUUUUUUUUUUUUUUAAAUGUAUGAGUAAUCACUCGUUUUAAAGGAUGGGAUGUAGAGUUGAAACUAGAAGUUUACAAAGAACACAUGUCGGGGAAAAAAAUGUGAUGCUUUACUUACCAUUACUGCUGAAAGAGUUAGGAUUCUCAUUGGUUUAUUUACAACCAAAACGUUGAACACGACUGAGAACAGCCUUCUCACUCUGGCCACCCUUCCCUCUCUUAUUCCAAUCAGAGACGCGGUGCGUUUAGGGACAGCCAAGAAAAAAUAAGUGAACAUAUCUGAAGCAUACUUGCAACCAAUUCGUUACAGUUUUUUUUUUUGUAAAGUGAUGUAAGGUUUGUGUCAACACUAUAGCUGCAACUGAGCUAACGACUAUUUUUAUAAUCGGUUAAUCGGACGAUUAUUUAAACAAUUAAGCGGAUACUUGAAGUUGUUUUAGGUAUGAUGUAAGUAACAAUGAAGAUAAAAUCAAAGACUAUGUCCUCCGCAAAUAUUUUUUUUAUGACAGCUUCCUGACUUAACUGUAGUCUACAACUGUACUGUUUUAAUUACAUAAAAUUUUUAAGUGCUGAUAUAAAUUGUCAAUGACUCAUUUAUUUUCUUUAAACAAACUAACCAACCAAACAACCACCAACAAAAUGGAAUGAGGAGUCAGACUGUAAUGAAUCAGUUUUCUUUAUCAAACAGUUGUUCAUAAAUACGAUCCAAACCCAAUUUCUAAGCACACUCUCUUGUAUGACAAUUUGCAGUUUGAAUGGGAGUUUGUAUUGAAAGGAGACUCUAAGGCUAGGUUCAUACUGCUGGUCUUAAUGCUCAGUUCCGAUUUUUUGUCAUAUCUUUUAUUUGGGUGUGGCCAUUCAGACUGUCUGAAUCCAUUGAGCCCGUUCAAGUAUCACGCAUGCGCACUAAUUCGCAGUCCGAAAUGCGCUUAGCAAACUGACCCGCAUUCGCAGGAGCAUCAAAACAAAUGACUACACAUGCUGGCUCAACGUCAUUCAAGGGUGAUCAUAUUUUGAUUUCCAAAAAGAGGACACAAAUAACAGACAUACCGUAUUUUUCAGACUAUAAGUCCGUUUUUUUUGCAUACUUUGGCAGAGGGUGCGUCUUAUACUCUGGAGCGACUUAUGUGUGAUUAUUUUCGGUCAGGUCGGGCCGACUUCUCUCUCGCUAACUUUUUAAAAAUAAAUAUAUAUUCAUAUACAGUGCCUUGCAAAAGUAUUCGGCCCCCUUGAAUCUUGCAACCUUUCGCCACAUUUCAGGCUUUAAA